AUGGUUUCUCCAAAGUUCUUCCUUCUUCUACUGCCGCUAGCAUAUGCUCUGGCAACCGAUGCUAAAUUCGAGACCGGUGUGCCGAAGGACAGCGACCUACACUUUGUAAUUGAUCCUGGAUUCAAAGUUCAGAAAGCCGAACUCAACGGUACUGCCCUCGAAGUGUGUACGGAUAAGAAGACUUCAAAUUGCUACAAGGACAACGAAUUCUCGCAUAUCAACGUGACAGCCACAAUCGAGGCGACGGCGUUGUUGCUCAAACUAACUGAUGCCGACCAGCCAACCCAAACCAUUCAAGCCACCUUCGCUCCCAUCUCUUCGGCCAUUUGGAUGCCACGCUCCACUGCCGUCAUCUUGGCCAAUCUGGCCAUCUUGGCCUAUUUCUAUUAG